AAGCACGUAGAUCACGAGAAGUCAAACAGGCGGAUGGCGUUUACAAGAUGUUUUAGCUGUGGAGAAAUGAGUCAUUCAUCGUCCGAGUGUCCACAUAAAGACAAGGGUUUAAAGUGUUUCAGGUGCAACUCAUUUGGGCAUAUUUCUUCGCAAUGCAAAACGCCACAAGCGACAAUUUCAAAUUCUCGCGGCAAGGACGACGGAAACGCAGCGGCGAGCAGCGGUGAAGUUAGCAACACGAGAAAACUUCACUCGAGUAACGCCGGUGGCGCCGCCAGCGGUGGGAAAAGAAGUUUCAUGUGUCACACGAAUGUCACGAACUUCACUUCGGACGGCGGCAAUGACGUUAGCUGCGCCGACGACGCUGAUACUGCAACGACGAAUGAUUAUCAGUGUUUGACAACUGUUAUGACGACUACGAGACCAAAAACGAUUAAUAACAAGCCGUUGAAGCAAAUCUCCGUGUGCGGAAAGGACGAAAUUGCGUUAAUUGAUUCCGGUAGUGACAUAAAUAUUCUGACGAUCGAGUGCUACAGUGAAUUAAGUGCGCCGGAGCUUGUAGAAUGCGAUCCCGAUGAGAAUAUAACUGGACUUGGCGGUGGUGUAAAAUGUUAUGGACAAGUUAAGUUAAAAUUGUUAAUUGACGGAUAUUGGUACAACGACAUGAAGUUUUUUGUUAUUGAGAAAGAUAACCUACCAGUUCAUUUGUUUAGAAUGAUUAUCGGGCAAGAAUUACUGAAGCAUUGUACGACUGUGUUGGAAGACGGUUUUGUGUUGAUUUUACCGCGUAUUCGCUGGGUGUAUGCCAUACGUGUGGAUGACCCUUCUGUUAUAGGUAACGAGGUAAGCCCCGCGAUACGGGAAAGGGUAAACAACAUGGUGCAGUCGUAUGUUCCUAGGAAGACGAAAGAGGCGCCGAUCAAGCUCAAGAUCGUGCUCAAAGACGACAUCCCUGUGGCUCAGCGGCCGAGGAGGUUGGCCCCAAGGGAGCAGCAGGAGGUAGACCAGCAGAUAGCUAAGUGGCUUGAAGACGGCAUAGUACAGAAAAUGAAGACGACGCUGUGAUCAGACUGGCAGAAGUAUUGGAGGUUGC